AAACCGGCUUUGUGUUUAUAAGUGGUAACAUCUUCUCAGGCUAAAUUUUGCACUAUACGGUUUAGUUAAAGUCCUGGUGUGCCUUACGUGAUCCAUCCGUAACAUAACAGGUUUUGGGCGGGCUCUCGGCCGCAAGCUUCCGAAAGUUCGAGAACAGCUCGAAAAGUUUACCAGUCAACUGUGGGACCAGGAAAUGUUGUAGUUGGCUGGAAACGCCUAAAACGGACACACCUCCCUUGGGUUUGGAAGCGGCGAAUUGUUACAGUGAAAAAUGACCAGCAGGAUCAUAGUUUCAGCUGUGCUGUUAGUGGCUUGUGGGUUCUUGGUGCACGAAUCUCUGGCUUGCGACGGAACAUGUGUGGCAAUCUCGUGCGACGCAACCAAAAAAAGUUCAAAGAAAGAAACUCCAUUGGUUGAUUUAAGAUUCGGAGAAAAUGAAUGCAAUCAAAUUUUCGAAGUUUGCUGUCCAAACUCAUCCUAUAAUGUAAUAAACAAGCCUGUAAAUAAACCGGAAAAGGUUUCAAAACUAACAUGUGGCAAAAGAAACGCCAACGGUAUUGGCUUUCGGAUCACGGAAAGUACACUCGCAGAGUCUCAAUAUGGUGAACUUCCUUGGACGCUGAUGAUUCUUUCAAAGGAAGUGUUGUUUGAUGAGCCAAAGUACGUUUCCGUUGGCACAGCUUCUUUAAUUAAACCUGGAGUAGCCUUGACAGCGGCACAUGUAAUGUCCAAAACCAACGGCGCAGAGCUGGUUGUACGUGCCGGUGAAUGGGACUCCAACAAAGAAAAUGAAAUGUUUCCUGUUCAAGAAGCAAUCGUUAGCAAUAUCAUAUCUCAUGAACAGUAUAAUGCCAACUCCCAAUUUGAAAACAACAUAGCCCUAUUGGUUCUGAACCAACCAUUUGAAUUGCUCGAAAACGUCCAGUUGAUAUGCCUUCCCCCGCCAAACUUCUCCUAUGGUCAAGGAAACUGCGUAACCGGAGGUUGGGGCAAGAUCCACUUUGGGGACACCAGCCAAAUCAACAUCAUGAAGCGGGUCCAGCUGCCGAUUGUGGACCGUUACCAGUGCCAGGACGCCCUCCGAACCACGAGGCUGGGACCCGCAUUUGCACUGGACGAAAGUUACAUCUGUGCGGGAGGGCAUGACGGUGUCGACGCGUGCACCGGAGACGGUGGAGCGGCCCUGGCUUGUCCGGAUGCCUCCGGCAGGGUUUACCACCAGGUUGGAAUCGUGGCCUGGGGCGUCGGAUGUGGGUUGAAAAAUAUUCCGGCCGCGUACACGAAUGUGGCCAUGUUUAGUGGCUGGAUCGAAGAGAAACUUCGGAACGUCCCGGAGUAUUUGCUGUGAACGAGAGCGUCUGUGAUGUGUUGUAUUAGUAAUUUAGUAAGAGAUUGAUUAUCAUUGGCAGAA